AUGGCUCUGCUCACCACCAACAGGUUUAUGUCCAGUCUGGGGAACCUGGCCCCGUCCCUGGGAGUCCUCUCCGCCCGCCAAAGUUCUUGGUGGGGUGGUGUGGCAAUGGGCCCCCCUGAUCCCAUCCUGGGGGUGACAGAGGCGUUUAAGAAGGACACUAGCCCAAAGAAAAUGAACCUGGGUGUGGGAGCUUACAGAGAUGACCAAGGCAAACCUUUUGUGCUCAGCUGCGUUCGCAAGGCUGAAGCCUUGAUUGCCAGCAAACAGCUGGAUAAAGAAUACCUUGGCAUAGGUGGACUGGCAGAGUUCUCAAAGGCUUGUGCCCAGCUGGCGCUUGGUGCGGACAAUGAAGUCCUGAAAAGCGGCAGGAACAUCACUGUGCAGACCAUUUCAGGAACAGGGUCCUUGCGUAUUGGAGCAAACUUUUUGUCUCGAUUUCACCCAGGCCCAAAAGAUGUGUACUUGCCCAAACCCUCUUGGGGAAACCACACGCCCAUUUUCAGAGAUGCAGGGAUGCAACUCAAAGCAUACAGAUACUACGACCCUUCAACCUGUGGCUUUGACUUCAACGGGGCCCUUGAAGACAUUUCUAAAAUCCCAGCGCAGAGUGUGAUUCUGCUGCAUGCCUGUGCACACAACCCCACUGGUGUGGACCCUCGGCCUGAACAGUGGAAAGAGAUUUCUGAAGUUGUAAAAAAAAGGAACCUGCUCGUCUUCUUUGACAUGGCAUACCAGGGUUUUGCAAGUGGAGACAUAAAUCGUGACGCAUGGGCAGUUCGUCACUUCAUCGAAGCGGGCCACAACAUCGUCCUGUCGCAGUCUUUUGCCAAGAACAUGGGUCUUUAUGGGGAGCGAGUCGGAGGGUUUUCUGUGGUGUGCGCUGACGCAGAUGAGGCUAAAAGGGUCGAGUCUCAGCUCAAGAUCCUCAUCCGACCGAUCUACUCCAACCCUCCAAUGAACGGAGCCAGAAUCGCUGCAACUAUUCUCAACACACCUGAGCUGUAUUCACUGUGGUUGGAAGAGGUUCAUGGUAUGGCCAAUCGUAUCAUCAAAAUGAGGGAGCAGUUGGUCGCAGGUCUACAAAAGGAAGGUUCUACCCGCAACUGGCAGCAUGUUAUUGACCAAAUUGGAAUGUUUUGCUUCACAGGCCUAAAACCUGAACAGGUUGAACGUCUGACAAAGGAGUUUUCAGUGUACAUGACCAAGGAUGGUAGAAUUUCAAUGGCUGGUGUGACGUCUGGGAAUGUGGGGCAUCUGGCUCAUGCCAUUCACGCUGUCACAAAACUUGAGUUUACCUCACGUGACUAUCACGUGGACACACGUCACCGCCUCCCUCUGCCUGGAUCAAAACACCGCGCCUCUGCUUCAUGUCUGCUAACCACAGAACAAACUCCUGUCUGCACUUAUCGGACUCCAGCACUGCACACACAGUCUAGAAUGUCCUUUGUCACAUCUUCUCUGGAUAAACUGCAGUGA